AUGGUUACUAGAGUUCAACACCAGCAAGUGCAAGUCUUAGAGUACGCCGCCCCCAUCCUGGAGCUCCCAGUCUUAGAGUACGCCGCCCCCAUCCUGGAGCUCCCAGUCUUAGAGUACGCCGCCCCCAUCCUGGAGCUCCCAGUCUUAGAGUACGCCGCCCCCAUCCUGGAGCUCCCAGUCUUAGAGUACGCCGCCCCCAUCCUGGAGCUCCCAGUCUUAGAGUACGCCGCCCCCAUCCUGGAGCUCCCAGUCUUAGAGUACGCCGCCCCAUCCUGGAGCUCCCAGUCUUAG